GCAUUAAUAUUGGCCCAACAUAGCCCUUUGAUUUGCAUUUGCGAUUUGUUUAUUUGUUUGUUUGUUUUUCGGUUAGUAGUUUUGAAACUUUUAUUCAGAAGAGCACAGAACAAACCCCUCUUCUUCUAUAAAUGAUGAGGUGACAAAAUACAAUUUGUAAUCGUUAGGUUCUUAAAAAGAGACACGGCUUGAUUGUAGGUGAUACUUAGGUCGGGGACAUUUUGUGUUGGUGUAUUAUUUACAAUUAAAACAAGAAACAUUAAUGUAAAAAGUGAUCAUAAUGUUACUUAAAGUGUGACUUAGAAGGCUUGCUUUCUUUCCUGUAUACUUUAUGGUUAUGGUUGAUUCCACACAGUCAUAAUACAUGGAAAACAUUCUAAAAUUAAUUACUUAUUUAAACUGUAAAUUGUUUUCAUUUUUUUUCUUUUGAUCUCAAAUAAAAAAAAAAAAUACUUUUUACCUUAAGAAAAAGAAACAGCCAAACCAAAUUUAUAACUCGGUAGAUUCUGGCCUAACCCUUACCAAAUCACUGAGUUGCUACUAUAUUUAGUUGUUUACCCUUUUUUUAUGUUUAGAUCCUUGUUAAUUAGCCUGGCCAUGAUUUCUACAAAAUGAUGAAUGCAUACUGUAGGGAUGAAAGCUGUUCUGAUGCGCGCCGUCAUCUGUCAUUCAGGGGUCACUGUCUGCCCGGUCUGUACGAUUCACAGCAAGCAGGCUGUCAUGAUGUAAACAAAGACAUUGAGUCUUCUGACAUCACUUGGAUAUGAUCCUCCUAUCCUAUGAUCCCUUGGAUAUAAAUGACUGUUAUCAUUUACAUGAUUUAAAAACCAGAUAUAGAAAAACAACAUUGAUACAGAUUACCCAAUUUCACUUUUACAUCUUAUUCUGGUUAGAAUGAAUAAUAUAGUAAUAUAGGAGGUUUUAGUACUUACAGUACAUAAGGCACUCUUGUCUGUGGUGCUUAGGAAGUAUACAGUUACAGGCAUUUGGAAGAGGCAGUACAGCAACAGAUAUAGUUCAAAAGGCAAUGAAGGUUGAAAUCUGCCUUUACCGGAAAUGAAAAACCAAGGCUUUCCUUUGUAUCUGUUCAUCGUUUACUUAGCCAUGAUCAGGGCAGAAAAGACAGAAAGCGGUCCAUGUUACCGGAUAGCUCCAGGUAUGCUGGCAGGUGUGGUUCUUGGUGACAUCGCACUUACGAUACUGAUUGUCGCUGCUACGUAUUACUGUGCUAGUAAGCGUAGAAUCAAGAAGGAAAAAGCUGAUAAAGUCUACAUGAAUGUCAGAGCAAACUGCAAACAAUCAGGAAUGUAAGAGGAUAAAGGUCUGACGGGAACAAAAACAUGACAAACGCUGGUGUGGUUCUAGCCUUUUCUACUCUACUUUUCAGACCAGCACAAGUAUGAAUCAUUGUAUUUAUUUAUAUAUCAGCCAUAAUAUUAACACCACAUAACAGUAACUAUAAGUUAUAACUAUAACUAUAAGUCAAGUUUAGUAGGGUUUUAUUGUCAAUUCAAACAGCGUUCCUCCAGGACCAAGGUGCUACAUACAUACAACCUAACAGGACAUAACUCAAUUAUAUACCAAUAAACUGCAGGUCUAAUCCCACAUCAGUGCUAAUGUAGAACAAAUUGCUGAAAAAAAUGAAUAGUGGCUAUGAUAGAAAGGUAUUAGAACACUCAGUGCAUCAAAGCUUGCUGUACAUGUUGAUCUGGCCUCCAAAAUUCCCCAGAUUUUGGACUGAUUGUGCAUCCAUGAAAUGCUCUGGACAAGUCAGAUUCUGUGGUUCUGUGGCACAAAUGUAUUCUAAACAAUAAUGGACAUAAUGUUAAUGUUAACAAUGUUAAGGUUUUACUGUUAUGGCUGAUUGGUGCAUUGUUGCAGUACAUUGAUGUAUAUUCAUAUAUUAUACCUGUACAGUUGUAUUUUGUGAAUAAUUUUAACAUUUAUAAAUAAAUCUAUUUAAGUCUU